AUGUCAGAAAGCGCUAACAAGGACAACAUGUUUAUGGGUCCUGCAUUCACUCAGGCUGUCAAAUUGAGUUGUCAGGAGGAUGUAAAUACAUUGUUAUCACAGUCUACCUUUUACGUUUGUAAAUAUAUAUUUCUUAGUGUAAAUAACAGUGUUGAUGUAAAUAAUGCAGACUCGGGUACUCACUGGUCUCUACUGUUUGUGAACAGAACCAGCUCUGAAGCGUACCAUCUCGACUCCAUGGCAGGUGUAAAUAGGAAGUCUGCUCAUGAGGUUGCUCUAAAGAUUGGCAUUAUGGAGGGUAGCAUUUUUGAGAUCCCUUGCUAUCAGCAAAAACAAUGGUUUCGAGUGUGGGUUUAA